AUGUCGUCUCUUUUGCGCGCUACUGCCAAGGCGAGUGCGCCGCGUGCUCUCGGCGCGCGCCAGCUCUCGUCGUCGGCUUCUGUGCUGAACCACAAGGAAGUGAAGUUUUCCAACGAUGGCCGUGCUGCUAUGCUGAACGGUGUCAACCUUCUCGCGAACGCGGUCAGCGUUACGCUUGGCCCUAAGGGCCGCAACGUGAUCAUUGAGCAGCCCUUUGGUGGCCCUAAGAUCACCAAGGAUGGUGUGACGGUCGCCAAGUCGAUCUCGCUCAAGGACAAGUUUGAGAACCUCGGUGCGCGCCUCGUCCAGGACGUUGCGAGCAAGACCAACGAGGUGGCCGGUGACGGUACCACCACUGCCACCGUCCUUGCCCGCGCCAUCUACUCGGAGGGUGUCAAGAACGUCGCCGCCGGCUGCAACCCCAUGGACCUGCGCCGUGGCUCGCAGGCGGCUGUGGAGGCUGUGAUCAACUACCUCGAGCAGAACAAGCGCGAGGUGACCACCUCGGAGGAGAUUGCGCAGGUUGCGACCAUCUCUGCCAACGGCGACAAGCACAUUGGCACGCUCAUCUCGACUGCCAUGGAGAAGGUCGGUAAGGAGGGUGUGAUCACCGUCAAGGAGGGCAAGACCCUCGAGGACGAGAUCGAGAUCACCGAGGGUAUGCGCUUCGACCGCGGCUACAUCUCGCCCUACUUUAUCACCGACGUCAAGACCCAAAAGACGGACUUUGAGAAGCCCCUGGUGCUGCUCAGCGAGAAGAAGAUCUCGGCGCUCCAGGACAUUCUCCCCACGCUCGAGGCCGCCGCGCAGUCGCGCCGCCCUCUGCUGAUCAUUGCCGAGGAGAUUGACGGCGAGGCGCUCGCCGCGUGCAUUCUCAACAAGCUGCGUGGCCAGCUCCAGGUGUGCGCUGUCAAGGCCCCUGGCUUUGGUGACAACCGCAAGAACAUCCUCGGUGACCUUGCCAUCCUCACUGGUGGCACCGUCUUCACCGACGAGCUCGACAUCAAGCUCGAGCGCGCUACGCCCGACAUGCUCGGCACGACGGGCAGCGUCACCGUGACCAAGGAGGACACCAUCUUCCUCAACGGCGGUGGCGAGAAGGACGCCAUCACGGCUCGCUGCGAGCAGAUCCGCGCUGCGAUGAACGACCCGAGCACCUCGGAGUACGACCGCACCAAGCUCCAGGAGCGUCUCGCGAAGCUCUCGGGCGGUGUCGCCGUCAUCCGCGUCGGUGGCUCGUCCGAGGUCGAGGUCGGCGAGAAGAAGGACCGCUACGACGACGCGCUCUGCGCUACCCGCGCUGCCGUCGAGGAGGGUAUCGUCCCCGGUGGUGGUGUUGCGCUGCUCAAGGCCUCUAAGGCGCUUGACUCGAUCACUACUGCCAACUUUGACCAGCAGCUCGGUGUGUCGAUCAUCAAGAACGCCCUGACGCGCCCCGCGCGCCAGAUUGUGGAGAACGCCGGUGAGGAGGGCUCGGUCGUGGUCGGCAAGCUGCUCGAGAACCCUGGCGAGUUCAGCUUUGGCUACGACGCGAGCGUCGGCGAGUACAAGGACCUUGUCCAGGCCGGUGUGCUCGACCCGCUCAAGGUGGUGCGCACUGCGCUCCAGGACGCUUCCGGCGUUGCCUCGCUCCUGACCACGUCCGAGUGCUGCGUCGUGGAGGCCCCCGAGGAGAAGCCUGCUGCCCCGCCGAUGGGCGGCAUGGGCGGCAUGGGCGGCAUGGGCGGCAUGGGCUUCUAA